AUGACGGCGGUGAACGUGAAGCGGGCGACGAAGCGCGUGGUCGGAACGUCAAAGAAAUGUGGAUGCAAGAAACAGUACGUAUUCAGCGAAUUAAACUCAGACGCCAUUCGGAUUGUUUCGCCGCAGACGGUCAGCGUGGGUGAUUUAGUGCGAGUAUCGUGGGAUCCGGCGGAGUCACACUGCGCCGCUUGCGCCCGCUCGCAGUCGGUGGUGAUGCUGCGAACAACGCGAGCAAUAUUGCAGAGGAUGAUCGCACAGCAUCCAACGUAUACCACGCACAAGAUUCAAGAAUGCUGGCGUGAGCACGUCAAGAAGUAUCAGAUGCUUUGGACGCUGGUGAAGGAAACAUUUCAGGAUGACGAUGCCUGGGACAAAGCAUACACGAGCGUUUUGAAAUUCUGUGACCAUAAGCAGAAAGAAAUAGAUAAACAAUUCGGUGAUGCGUCGUGGACGACGUGGCGAUCCUUUCGAAAUUACUUGGAGACGCAAUGGGGGCGACAUAGGAAGCUUUGGGCGAGACACUUUCGAAGCGGGUUGACGUAUGGGACGCAGGAGACAACUGGAUCAAUCGAAUCGUUUCAUGGACGUUGGAAGGCUCGCCUCAUGGCAGAUGGCAAGGGAGAUAUCCGAUCUCGUCGCAUGGACUGGCUCAUUCAUCACUUACAGCACGAAAUCAUUCCUCGAUAUUGUGACAAGGUCUGUCAAGCCGAGACGAGCAUGGCGCCUGCGCGUGUUAGGAAGGCCAUGUUUCAUGUCGUAGACGAUGCGAAAACGAUCGAUGACAUAAAAGAUGUUGAGAAAGAAACAACGGACGAUGAGGGCACGCGGUUCUCUGUGUCGUAUAGAGUCAACUACUCGGGAGAAGUGCACAACGUGUCCGGUUUAGAGACUUUAGAAGACUGUGCGUUGGACAGGGAUCACACACAAGUAAAGUGCUCUUGUGCGCUCGGACGAAACGGCCAGGUUUGUGCUCCGAAAAUGAAAGCGAUGCUCAUGGAGAACGAGCUUUGGACGUUCAAGGCAUUCAACAUUCAAUGCAAACCUGAUGUUGAGAGAACUGAGUUUGAUGUAGACGUGCCAAUGAUACAAGAUGAUGUUGAAGCCUUCCAACCAACUCAUCGGAGAAGCCUUGGUGUAGCUUUCGACAACGUGAGUGUAAAGGCACGCUGGGUUCAAUCGCAUAUCGAGAUGAUACAACUCGCACUCGAUCCAGAAUUUACGUUCGAGCCUGAUGAAGCCGCCCACAUCACAGACACCCUCACCAAACUCCAACGUUUCAUGAACAACUUGAAGACACACAGAGAGAUGUCUCAAAGCAUGUCCAAGAAUAGCAAAAUGGAAGGCGAUGGUGUGAUCAGUAUGUCGAACCUGGUUGCGAUUCCUAUGAGAGGCGCGGCGGGUGAUACGGCGUUGAGCAGGAAGAGGGGCUGGCACGAGAAGAUGGUCGAUGAACACAAACGCUAG